GGAUCCCCAAACCCCUUCCCAGCUCUCCCAGUUCCCCUUUCAUUGAUCCAUGAUCCCCUCAACCCCCCCAAAUCUCCGUGUCCCCCCAGUUCUCCACUCCCUGCGUUUCCUGGAUGUGGGGGUGUCAGAGCCCAGCCCGGGGAUCCCCCAGUACAUGCAGAUGGGGUUCGUGGAUGGGAUCCCCUUUGAGCGCUACGACAGCAGGCGGGGCCGGGUGGAGCCGCUGACGGAGUGGAUAAAGAAUGGAGCCGAGCCAGAAUAUUGGGAGAGGGGGACCCAGAUCGGUGUGGGGAACCAGCACGUGGCUGCCAGGGGCCUGGAGAUACUGCGGGAGCGAUAUAACCAGAGUGGGGGUCUCCACACCAUACAGUGGCUUUCUGGCUGUGACCUCCUGUCUGAUGGGACCAUCCGUGGGUCGCACCAGAUUGGCUACAAUGGGCGGGAUUUCAUCUCCUUUGACCUGGGAUCCGGGAGAUUCGUGCCGGCUGACAGCGCUGCUGAGAUCACCAGGAGGCGCUGGGAACAGGAAGGGACCGAGGCUGAGAGGCACCUGAAUUACCUGAAGCACGAAUGCCCGGAAUCGCUCCGGAAAUAUGUUGGAUACGGGCAGAAGGAGCUGGAGCGCAAAGAGUCCCCUGAUAUCCACGUGUCCGGAAGAGAGGAACACGGGACGCUGAUCCUGUCCUGCCACGCGUACGGAUUCUACCCCAACACCAUCGCAGUCAGCUGGAUGAAGGGGGGUGAAACCUUGGAUCAGGAGACGGAGUGGGGCGGGGUCGUUCCCAACAGCGACGGCACCUUCCACACCUGGGCCAGGAUCGAGGCGCUGCCGGAGGAGCGGGAGCAGUACCGGUGCAGGGUGGAGCAUCCCGGAAUGCCGGAGCCCGGGAUCUUCACUUGGGAGCCGACAUCUGGCGGGAAUCUCACCAUGGUGGUCGCUGUAUCCAUCAUCACUGCCAUCCUCAUCCUCAUUGUCCUCAUCGGAUUCGGUGUCUGGAAGCUCCAAUCCGGUAACACACAGGAUGGGGGUCGGGAAGGGACAUGGAUCCACCCAGCACUGUUCUGGGAAUCCUGUGCCACCAACGCUGAUCCCACUUUGUUUCCACAGGGAGGAGGGACAGGAAUGGAUACCGGCAGCCGGUGA